GCAUGACACUGGUGAGGUGAGCAAGCGGAAAACCACGCUGAGUGAAUUUAGAGCUACAGCAGAAUGGAGGUAUCAAGGAGAAGAAUCCUCCAAAAACAUCUGGAGCCAGCAAGACCCCUUCGUCGCUGCAUUCAUGUAGACAUCGAGCCCCAAAUAAAUGCUGCUACAUGCGCACAGACACUGAUGGAGGUAAUGGAUCAAGAGACAAAUGUUGACAUUGAGCAGUUCUACAAGAUUAUCAGCCUCCACAAACAAAAAGAAGGCAGAAUAUCUUACACAAGAGAUUUUUUAAUUGGUCUUGCAAGUUGUCCUGAGGCCAGGAAGAAGCCAGAGUUCUUACCAGAGCAUCCAAUAGUCUUAACCAAGGCGAGAGAUCCCGAGCAGCUAAAGUUUCAGGAAUCAAUGUGGAAUGGAGAAAAAGGAGACAUGACCAGUACGUAGGAUUUUGGGUUACUGUAGAAACAUGUCACUACAACUUGGUGUGCU